AUGCCGGUCAAAAAAGCAACACGCUCGACACGCUCGACGCGAACUACGAAAACAGCAUCCAAAGCGCCAUCUUCAGAUGUUAUCAUGGAUCAGGGCAUUGGCGCAUCGAGCAACGUAUCCAUCGCCAAGGCCAAGUCGGCCCAGCCAACAGCAGCGCCAACAAAGGUGCUUGGAGAACGCGACGCCCAAGAUAUAUACGUAUCAAGCCCGCUCAAGGAUUCAUCAAAGUCGCGAUCGACCGAGGUAAAGGUAGCUUCACAAAAGUCGACCAAGUCAAAAAAGGGAAGGGGGGUGGUAGAUGAAGAUAUCACAGAUGGCUCACGCGCAACGACACCGGUCCCUUCCUCUCCAUCCAAAAAGGGUUUGCCAGAGGAGCAGGUGCAACAGUUCCUCCAGAACUACGAUCUUGAAGCACAAGCUCGUAUUUCACGCUUGAGGGCUUCAUUGGAGAUGUCGGUUCAGUCGGCAGUCACGCGCAUGCGCUUGGCUGUCGAGCGAAUUCCGAGAGCAGUGCGCGAAUUGCAACUUAGUCAGUUCAUCGACGAGUAUGGCGCAGAUAUAUACGCAUUCAUGAACCGUGCCCCCGUCCAGCAUCUGAAAGAGACUCAGGAGGAGUGGGAUCAAAUCAGGGAAGAGCGUUCGCCUUCCAAAACGAAGCGCAGCAAAAAGGAUGAAGGUGUUGCGGGGACGGCCGACCGCAAGUUGAAGUCAGCGCGCACCACCACCUCGACAGCUUCCGCAUCCAGAGCCGCAGCAGGCAAUAAGAAGGCCGGCUCACGCUCCACUAAAGCAUCUUUGCGUUCGGCGUCUGCCGCGCCCACCUCGCCGGUCCCUUCACCAGCAGCAUCAUCAGCAUCGGCGAAACCAGCUCCGAGCCUGUCGACCUUUCAGCCGGAUCUACCAAAGGAAGCACUUCAAACACCCAAACCCCGCAUGGCGAGGCCAGGAGAAAUCAUCCAGUGGCAGAGCAUCAACGGCUCCCCCAUUUGCGGUAUCAUCGGCGCAGAUGGCAUGGUCCGCCCUGUUUCGAUGGCAUAA